AUGCACCCAUCCCUUGUGGCUUUUGCUUUUUCAUCCUCACAAACUCCCGAAACUUCAUCACACCACGUCCCGAAAACUUCAUCACACCACGUCAUCUCAGUGUUCUGCGAGUCGGACCUGACCUGCACGGCCUGUCACAGAGACAUUGAUGUCAAGAAGACUGGCUCCUUGCAUGGCCACCCUGUCCUCAAUGUCCUCAUCUGCAGGAAAUGUUUCAAGUGGUAUACAAGUGGUGACAUAGAGAAGGGUGAAGACGGCGUGGACCUGCAGUGUCGAUGGUGCGGUGACGGGGGGGACUUGUUCUGCUGUAACACUUGCACCAACGUCUUUUGCAAGGACUGCAUUAAAACUAAUUUGGGGCUGUCGGAACUUCGUAGGGUCGAAUUGAGUGACAAAUGGAUGUGCUACAGUUGUGACAACACUCCUCUGACAUCACUGACCAACAAAUACAUGGAGAUCGUGAAUGCCCGCCAGAAGAAUUAUGACAUCGUCGUCAAGGAUGACGUCGAAAGAUCAAAUGAUGAGGAGGAGGAGGAAGUUGCAGUACCUCUCAGUAACCUGAAUGUUCCAUCCUUGUUCGAAUGGUCAUCCCUCAAACUCAACUUACAGGAUGACUCCAGUGUUGAAGAUAAGAUGAAAUAUCUUGAAGACAGUCUGACCACACUGCUUCCCAUCUCCAGAACGUUAUCAAAUUCUCUUUCUUAUGCUUUACUUCAGCUUAAAAAGGUUGACCCCACCAGCCAAGCAAAAUGCACCAGCAAGUUGCACGAGAUAUCCAACAAAGUCAACUCCAACCUUUCCACACUCCUACAGAACUUUCAAGUGGUGAACAAAGUUGAAACGACGUACGCUAACAACAAGACCAGAAACAACAACAACAGUGAUAAAAGUCAUAAAAAACAGAAAAGUGUACAAAUCAUGAAACAGGAGAGACCUGAGAAAACUUUGGAUGUUAAAUCUGCAACAGCAGCAGCAAUGAUAAGAUCGAAUGAUUCAACGAGUCCCAGGAUCAAACUGACCAUCUCGAAGAAGUCCAUCACAUCUGCAAGCAACGAACUGAUUGGCGACUCUUAUGGUUGCUCGCUCUAUGAUAAGGAGGAGGAGCCAAUGAAUGAAGGGGAAGGAGUCUAA